GAAGUUUCAAGGUUUACCAUCAUCCUAUGACCAAACAUUACUAUAUUAAAACAUUUCUAAACCUUUUCUUUUUCAUUUAGAAUAUCUUCUACCCAGGUGAUGAUAUCAGUUUAGAAGAUAUGGACAUUUUUAAAGGACAUCUGGUGCUUUUUCUCAAUAAGAAGGGCUUGCGCACUAUAUGUUCCAUUGAUAUGCCAAUAAAAGUUGAUUGUAAGCAUCAGAUGGAGAUUAAGGAUCUUAAUCCAUGGUACUUCCCCAUGCCUUCAAAUUCCUGUAGUAUCAUACCAGGUUCAAACCAUGACUUCGUGCAAUCUAUAUACAGGAUGGUGAUUUCAUCUCCGACGAUGCCUGAUGUGAUUGUUGACUAUGACAUGUCAAAUCGGAUAUUCUCAAUUGUUCAACAAGACGAUGUAAGGGGUGCUUCUGGUGGUGAUGGAUUAUGCUCCCCAGCUUAUAACGGGCUAGAUGCUCACCUUUGCAGUAAAGACAGUGAAAGCAACCAAAGUAUUGAAUUAAAGAGAUGGAAGGAAUUUUCUAGUGCAUAUUGCUGUGAGAGGAAGGAUGUUAUUUCCCUUGACGGUGUCAGGGUCCCUUUAACCAUCUUGUACUCUCGAAAAGCCUGGAAGAGGGGCCAGUCUCCAGGGCUUUUACAAGGCUAUGGAGCAUACGGGGAAGCUCUAGACAAAAGCUGGUGCAGUCACCGCUUGAGUUUACUUGACCGUGGUUGGGUGGUGGCAUUUGCCGAUGUAAGGGGUGGUGAUGGUGAUUCUUCAUGGCAUAAAUCUGGGAGUGGAUUGUUCAAACAGAAUUCUAUUUAUGACUUUCUAUCAUGUGGCAACUACCUUAUUGAUGAGGGCUAUGUUCAUAGAGAUCAGCUUGGUGCAAUCGGACUUAGUGCUGGAUGUCUUCUAGUGGGUGCUGUGAUUAAUAUAUGCCCCAAUCUUUUUCGUGCUGCAAUUUUGAAGGUCCCAUUUCUUGAUAUGCUGAACACAUUGUUGGACCCUAGUUUGCCUCUCACCAUGCUGGACUAUGAAGAAUUUGGAAAUCCCCAGAUAAAAUCUGAAUUUAAGUCUAUUCUUAGUUAUUCUCCUUAUGAAAAUAUUCCUCAUGGUGGUUGCUAUCCGUCAGUACUUGUUACAGCAUCAUAUAAUGACUCAAGGGUUGGAGUUUGGGAGGCUGCCAAAUGGGUGGCUAAAGUACGGGAUAGUACUUGUUCUAGGUGUUCUCGUUCUGUCAUUCUGAAGACAAAUAUGAGUGGAGGGCAUUUUGGUGAAGGUGGACGCUAUAUUCAGUGUGAGGAAACAGCUCAUGACUAUGCUUUUCUUGUGAAAGUUAUGGGGGCUAAUGUCAAUUUCAAGUAAACUAUGAUAUCCUGGAGGGUUGUUGCAGAUGGAUAGAAGAAUUCUCUCUAAGAGUUCGUUUCUUAUUGUCUCUGACGGUUAAGAUACUGAUCUGGAUGGAAAAAACGGAUGGUAGAGCGGAAGACAUGAAAAUCUACUCUUCAUUUGCAGUUCAGGGUACUAGAGACAUGGAUGGUGAAGUGGGUUUUCAGCAUGGUGAAAGUUUUCUCAGAAAUCUUAAUUUGGUCUGAAUUCCUUCAACCACUUCAUGUCCUGCUUCCUGUUGUGGAAGUGCAUUUUUCUGCACAGGAUGCUGGUAGUUGUACAAGUUGUUUGACUACGAGUUAUCGUGGUUGUCCAUUUUUUUUUCUUUUUACAUCUGAUAAUAAGUUCCAUGAGAGGGGUUAACGUCGUUAUUUUUUUUAAAUCUUUUCUCAUUUAAUUUAAAAUUUAAAUAUGAAAAUUUUAAUUUAGAAUAUCGAGUUUUUAUUCAAAUGAAUCACCGAUAGGGCUUCUUGGUGGUGAGGUUGUCCCUUGUGACCUCCAAUUGUUGGAUAUUUGGUUUAAGAAUUUUUUUAUUUUUAUUUUUUGGAACAUCGGAAAUAUUGGGGAAUAUGGGAUUAUAUCACAGGCAGCAUAGUGGCAAUCCGAACCUUCUACGUGGGGCCAUUUUACCACUGCAGGGAAGUGCUGCAAAUGCAAGAAACAAAGGUUCAAAAUUGCC